CGUGUGCGCGUGCGUGUGUGUCCGUCCUCGGCUGCUCAUGUUACCGCUGAGGAGAGCAGGAAGAGAGAGACUCGUGGCUGGAACUAUUUAUCUCUCGCGUGUGUGUUUUGUGUGUGUGUGUGUGUGUGUUUUUUUUCUCCUCCUUCUUCCUCCUCCAGCCCGGCUGCAUUGAGCUCCCUCCCUGCGGUCCGGAGACUGGGGAAUCCACCUGCCGGAGAGAGCGGACACACCUCACCGUGAUGGAUGCCCUGAAAUCUGCCGGCAGAGCGAUUAUCAAGAGCCCCGGAGUCCCGCGGCACACAUGGGGAACUUCAAAGCACGAAAAGCUGCCUGAGAACUGGACGGACACCAAGGAGACUCUGCUGGAGGGGAUGGUGUUCAACGUGAAGUACCUGGGUAUGACUCUGGUGGGGCAGCCGAAAGGAGAGGACAUGGCCUCUGCCGCCAUUCGUAGAAUCGUAGCCACGGCCAGGGCCAGCGCAAAGAAGUUUCGGAAAGUAACACUGACGGUCUCACCGAAAGGCAUCAUAAUCUCAGACACGGAGACCACAGACCUCAUAGAGAACGUCUCCAUAUACAGAAUCUCCUACUGCACAGCAGAUAAAACUCAGGAUAAGGUGUUUGCUUACGUUUCUCAGAGUCAGUUCAGUGAGACACUUGAGUGCCACGCGUUUCUCUGCCAAAAGAAGAAAAUCGCUCAGGCUGUGACGUUAACGGUCGCCCAGGCUUUUAAAGUAGCCCUCGAUCUUUGGGAGAAUGCUCAGGAAGAUAAAAGCAAGAAGUCCAGGACCUGCUGUUCCUGUGCAGCAAGCCACGGGCAGACAGAGACAACAGACAGUCAGUGCGUUCCAGCAGCGUCUCACCAACACCUGCCAUCUGCCGCAGAUUCAGCAGCACAUAAGCCCGCUGGGACGGAGGAGAAGCUCCGGAGGCCCUUCUUCUCUGCUUCGCUCAGCUCGCCCUCGCCUCGUAGUAACCCCUCUCGAAGGCGACCAAUCAAACAUGACUCCUGGGAUGUGGAGGAUGGACUCGAGGAUGCGUUCUCAAGCAACAUGGAAGUAGAGGAUCCAGACACUGACUGGCCGAGUCCCGCUCCGAACCCGUCUCUGACAAUGCAGCUCUGAGUCCCCUGAAGGUCUCCAGUGAAAAUGUGUUGCCUGUCUGCAACGACGAGUUCCAAUAACACACUGGCAAUAACCGCCCGCCGUACAGCACCACCCCAAAUUAUAAAGAACGCAUAUGUCAUCCCACACAACCCACUUCACUCGAUCAGACAGAAAAACAUCUCACGGUCCCUGAUGCGCAAACUGGAUCAGAGAGGCUGUGUUUGAUAUUCUGUGACCGCUGCAGAGAUGCCCGACUGAAUACUGUAAUAUUAUAAUAAAAUUCUAUUUCUGUGAGUGCCUGCCAGUCAACAGGCACUCCACGCAGCCAUCUCCAGAGAUAUUCAAAUUUCAUGAACUCACAAAUGGAAAACACAGCACACGGACUUAGAAAAAAACACUGUAAAGCAAAGAAGACUUACCUACCUACAUAGCUGGAGAUGUCCACAGGAUGGAUAACAAAUUUGGACUAAAUCGUUAAGCAGGUCUUUGUAUUACAGUCUAGAGAUGUCAUCUCUUUAUGAAAGUGUGUAAGCUCUGUGAUCAAAGGCUUUGUUUGGUGAGUAACAGUUGCCAGCCUCAGCGGAAAGAAAUCACCAUCUGACUCUGCUAUGGAUACGUUCUGUCAUGAAUGAGUUAAACAUGCAUCGUCGUGUUUGUUGUUCCCUUUCAUUGGACCCUUUCAUUGUCAUCUUUCUAUUAACAGCAAAAGCACUUGAUAGACGAACCGCAACUAACCCUGGAGAAUAAGUCAGCGUCUCUCACAUACGGAUACAUGUAACAUUUCAAGUCCCCAAAUUUCCAAGGUUUGGAUUUUUUACAUGAGCGAGUGCAGUCAAGCCAGCCUUGAGUCGAGACUUGCCUUCUGUUCAAAGUCAAUGAAAGACAUUCCAAAAGGCAUUUGAAGAAAGGCAACUGGACUUGUAGAAAUUUUCCAGUUGCCUUUCUUCAAACGGCUUUUGGAUUACUCAUGAGCUGGAUGACUGAGAACCUUCACAAGCACGGAGAGACCUUCAUAUCUAGCUUUCACUUAAAAUGUAAUAAAGUAUUGUAAAGGAUUCAAAAAGCAAAAUAAAAAAAAUCUCAAUACAUUAAAAUGUCAAGAUGUAAGCCUAAGACAGAAUACAAAUAACACAUUCAAUAAGUCUCCUCUUGUAAGACUAAUGCAGCUGCAGCCUCUGCCUGUCUCCGGUCCAAACAAUACAUAAUCUGGCUGUUUAUCCAAGUUUGCCAACACAGUGUAAUAACUGUCAUCGUCUAUAACAUCCUCUGCCCUAAAAGAUGUAAUUUUUACCAUUACAAAAAUAUUGUUGUAAGUUUGUGAUACUAGCAGUUUUAAGAACUGAUGAAAUCCUUAGUUCAGGGGAGUAACAUUUGUUACCCCAGAGACACAGAGAAAAUGAAACAACACACUUUUCCCCAAUUCCGGAAAAUAGAAAAAAGGUUGAAAUUUGGCAAAGGGCUCUUUAAUGAGUACUUACAUUCACUUGUAAGAUAUUCAUAAGAGCCAAAUUACAAAAAUAGAAAACCAAAAUUACAGCAAGUAUGUGCCAAGCUCCAAAAGUCUUGGCAACUGUGUUUCCUAUAAUGUGACUUGAUUGGAUCUUUUAUUAGUCUGUACCUGUCUGAUGAAUUCUUUCAUUUUUAUUUUUCCAUAUUCCCUGUUUGCUCCAUCAAUCUGUACUUCGCCCCUUUAAGAUAAACCAACGGUAAUCUAGUUUUAAUUAUCUUCUUAUCUUAAUGCAAACACAAUCAUCAAUCACAUAUAACAGACCGUUUAACGGACAUAAUGUCUAAAUGAAGCAGCAGACCUAUCCCCUCGUACGUGAGCUGCCAGGUCCAGCACUCCUUCCCCGGGGUAGCGAUAUAUCUCCUUCUGCGUCGAGCUGUCUCUGUACAUAAAGAUGAUGUCACUGUUAAAGGAUACCGACGCUGUUGGGCCACACACUCUUAGAGUAAAGAAACUUAUUUCCAUAUGCUGUAUUUUUUCAAUGUCAAAGCUGUAUGUACUUACUGUAAGUAUGCAUAUUGUAUCAUCAUAAAUGAUGUAGGGUGACUAGAAUCAGGGCUUCACACAGGUGUUUUUUUUUUAAAGAUAUUUAUCACUCUUGUUCAGAUGUGUACAUGCUUGCUUUAGCUUAGAAGAUUUGUACAGAUUUAAAUGUAUGUGAAUUUUACUACUGCGGGAAUUGCUUUAUUUUUUUGUGAUCAGCCAUUAGUAACCCACACUCAGCACAUGAUUAAUAAGUCAGUAAUCACUUGUACACUGAUCCCAUUUUCCCCUUAUUAACUGAAAUUCCCUUUCUCUUUUAAUCAUUCCCCAUGAGGUGAUUGAUUCCAAAUCUUAUUACAGACAAAUUGUUUCUCCGCUCAAGUCUGCGCAGUUUAUUUUUACCCAGCUCUCGGCUGACGUUCGCCGUCAAGGGGGUAUUAUACUGCGCCCCAGCCCAGCUGAAGUGGUCUCCGUAUUCAUGGCAUCAUGACUGAGUAUAAAUGUGACGGCGGGAGGUGGGAGGGAGCGGGGGCUCUGUGGCGUUGUCAUGACACCCGCUGCAGAAUAAUUGGACGGCUUAUCAGGUUACACCCCGAAGCUUAAUUGCAUUGUGUCUGACUGGCUUAAAUACCAAAUCCACUGCAUUAAAAUAAAAAAUAAUAAUAAAGAAAAGAUUAAAAACCAACAUAGUUUAGAUGCCAGAAAUAUAGUAGAUCUGUAGCUGAGUGUGUCACAGUAUUGAUCACAAACUUCAAGGUCAUCAGUGACUUAUGAUUUUUGCACCAUCUGCUCACCUUUUAGUUUUUAGCUCUAUCAUUGAUUGGCUGAUUGAUUCCUGUAUAGAUGCUUCAGUUUAUGCUGAUAAAGUGCUAUAGGGUCACAUUUGGAGAUGGGCUGCUGUCCAGGAGCUCUCAGAUCUGAAUUGGUUUUCACUAGUUUCAAAGCACAUUUCUGUACGUAAACCAACUCCGGCACGGUGAUUUAUAAUUAAGAUUAGAUGCAGUGGUUUAACCAGUCUGUGACCUUUUAUAAUUGAUUUUUGAAAUGAAAAAAAUAAAUAAAUAAAUAAAAUGACUGUAAAAUAAUCAGAUUUUGCACCCAAGCCCUUCUGUAUCUUUAUUUUCAUUAUUUAUUAUUUACAAUUAAGCAAAUCUUGUAUGAAUUUUAUGAUGGUGAGAAUACUGUACGCAGCACCUCAGUGCUGGCGAGAUUCUUGAAUGGAUGCAGCUCUCGGGCGCAGCUGAGAGUCUUCGUCUGCCCGCGAGUGCACUGAAUACAAAUCAGCCCGCGAGGUUCUUGAGCCCAGGAAACAUUUAGGGAUCGUAAGAAUGAAAAAGAGCCUCAGCCGGGAAAAGCAGAGAAUUUUCCAAUAAGCUAUUGUUACCCGAAACAUGGUUUACAGUAUCGGUUUACUUUAACAAGGUGCUUAUUUUCUAUCUAUGCAAUUAGUGGGUUUCCAGCAGUGUCGUGAUAAUAUGACAAUAGCAGUUUGUGUGUAUACCACAAGCAGUUGUCCUGAUCUGUGUACAGAUUUGUACAGAAUUUGGAAGCUGUUCUGGUUUGUUACAUAUUUAUGCAUAAUAAAGGACUUUGUACAAAUGUU